AUGUUGGCUACCUAUAUACAAUGUGUGCUAAUGGGAAUAAUAGAUGAACGGUUGCAUGUUAUCAUUGAAGACUCUAAAGAAGACGUAUAUCAGGUCCCUGAGUCUGUGUUUCCUCGGCCAGAGUCUGAAGAGAAUGACAGUGCCUCGACAAAAUCAGCUCUAAAAUUCUCCAUGACCCAGAAGCCAUUCUCCUUCAAGAUAACCAGGCGAGCUACUGAUGAAGUCAUCUUUGAUACAUCCAACUCUCCCUUGAUCUUUGAAUCUCAGUAUCUACGCCUUCGCACUUCUUUGCCAGAUGAGCCCAACUUGUACGGACUAGGAGAGCACAGUGACCCUUUACGUUUACAGACAGAAGAUCUUGUUACUACUCUUUGGAAUAGAGAUGCCUUUGGUAUUCCUCCUGGCACUAACUUGUACGGUUCACACCCGGUCUAUUAUGACCAUCGAGGGAGGUCAGGCACUCAUGGUGUUUUUCUCUUGAACUCCAAUGGCAUGGAUGUCAAGGUAGGGAGUGAGAAUGGUGACAAUGGAAAAAAGUACCUGGAAUAUAAUACCCUAGGAGGCGUCUUAGACUUUUAUUUCAUGGCUGGACCGACGCCAAAGGAGGUUGCUUCUCAAUAUGCUGAAGUGGUUGGCCUGCCCGCCAUGAUGCCCUAUUGGGGGUUUGGACUUCAUCAAUGCCGGUAUGGCUACCGGGACGCUUUUAAUGUUGCCGAGGUGGUCUACAACUAUAGCCAGGCUGGUAUACCCUUGGAAACUAUGUGGACAGAUAUCGACUACAUGGACGGACGCAAAGUCUUCACACUGGACUCGAAGCGCUUCCCCAUAGAUGAGAUGAGAGCCCUAGUAAAGUACCUCCACGAUCACAACCAGCAUUAUAUUGUCAUGGUAGAUCCAGCAGUGAGCUACGGCGACAAUGACGCCUUUGAGAGAGGGAAAACGCAAGACGUGUUUAUGAAAUCCAGGGACGGAGCAAUCUAUAAAGGUGAGUUAGAGGCUCUACCCCUUUAUUUACUCUAUACUAAGUCAUCUAUAGGCGCCGUCUGGCCUGGUGUCACUGCCUUUCCUGAUUGGUUUCAUCCCGGGACUCAAGAUUACUGGAAUAAUGAGUUCAAACUAUUUUUCGACCCUGAAAAAGGAAUAGACAUCGAUGCUCUCUGGAUAGAUAUGAACGAGGCUUCCAAUUUCUGCGAUUGGCCGUGUUCUGACCCUGAAGGGUGGGAAAGAGACCAUGAUCUACCACCAGCUCCUCCACCAGUCAGACCAAUCCCAAGACCGCUACCUGGAUUCCCGGAUAAACUCCAGCCUGGUAGCGUUAAGCUUGUCAAGCGCGAUGGAACCAGAUUAAGAAGCCAAGCUGGCUUGCCAGGUCGUGAUCUUAUUGAUCCGCCUUACAGGAUCCAGAACGAAGCUGGAUCUAUCAGCAACAAGACCUUGAAUACUGACCUGGUUCAUGCCAACGGUUUGGUUGAGUAUGAUACUCAUAACCUUUACGGCACUAUGCUAACCAUAUACAGGCUUGGUGAUAACCUCAGUGAAUGGAGCCAGUACCGGUUUUCAAUUUCCCAGAUCCUUCAAUUUGCAGCUAUAUACCAGGUUCCCAUGGUAGGAGCUGACGUAUGCGGCUUUGGAGGUAACGUCACGGAAGAAUUAUGUGCUAGAUGGGCUAUGCUAGGCGCCUUUUACCCAUUUUAUAGGAAUCACAACGAUAUUGCUGGCCGAGACCAGGAAUUUUACCGCUGGGAGUCCGUAACCGAGGCAGCAAGGACUGCCAUUGGAAUCAGAUAUAAACUCCUUGACUACAUCUACACUGCUUUCCACCGUCAAACACAGUCUGGAGACCCCGUUUUGAACCCACUCUUCUACAUCUACCCGGAGGACAAAGAUACCUUUGCAAUCGACCUACAGUUCUUCUACGGCGAUGCAUUGUUGGUUAGUCCGGUAACGGACGAAGGUGCCACCAGUGUUGAAAUAUAUCUUCCUGAUGAUAUCUUCUAUGAUUACUAUACAGGGGAACCUGUUGAAGGAAAAGGAGGCCUGAUUACAAUGGAGAAUGUUCCCAUCACGCACAUUCCCCUUCACUUCCGCGGCGGACAAAUUGUUCCAAUGCGCGCCGACAGUGCCAAUACAACCACCGAGCUACGAAAACAGCCAUUCGAACUUGUCAUCUGCCUCGACCGUGAGGGUAAUGCAGAAGGUAGCCUCUAUCUAGAUGAUGGUGAUUCCCUUGAGCAACCCCAUACAUCAGAAAUCAACUUUGAAUACCACAACGGAGUCCUCAAAGUCUCUGGAAAGUUCGAUUUCCAAAACGAGGAAGCUUUAGAGAUCAAAAACAUAUUUGUCCUGGGGUACAAGCAGGAUAUGACUGUGCAAGACAAAGGGAAUAAGAACAAAGAUUCCCAGUAUGAUGAGAGGUUGAAAAAGCUGGCUAUCAAAGCUAAAAUUUUGCUUACGGGGCCUUCUGAAAUGACUCUUCACUAG